AUGGCAGGGUCUGAGAAAAAAGAAGUCAUUAUUGAAGAACGAGAUGGAAUCGGCAGAAUCACCCACCGCUGGCUGCACAACACCACCUCGCAAAAAAUAACCCCGGUGCGCCCAGCUCACCACAACACCCUUCCCACCCUCACCACCGCCCUCACAACCUCCACGACGACCGGGCUCGCCAACAUGCGUCAGAUCCUCUACGACGCCUUCCUGCCCAUCGGCUAUCCGGACUCGGUGACCCCAGACUACCUGGGCUACCAGACCUUUGACUCCCUCCAGGCCUUCUUCUCCACAAUCACCGGCCUCCUCGCCAACCGCGCCAUCCUCCAAGGCCUCGGCGUCGGCGACGCGGACUCGUCCGCCACCUACGCCCUCCUCCUGACCAUCCUCAAGGACGGCAUCUCCCGCGUCGCCACAAUCGUCUUUGCCUACCGCUUCGGCCUGGUCAUUGAGCCAGAGUGCAAGAGAUACCGCUUUCUCGCUGAUAUCUUCAACGACAGCGCCUUCUUCCUCGACCUCUUCAGCCCCUACUUUGACCCCUGGACCAAAGUCCUUGCCCUCGUCCUCGCCGAAGCCCUCCGCGCAAUGUGCGGCGUCGCCGCCGGCGCCAGCAAGGCCGCCCUCUCCAAGCACUUUGCCCGCCGCAACAACCUCAGCGAGCUCAACGCCAAGGAAGCCUCCCAGGAGACUGCCGUCGGUCUCGUCGGCCUGCUCGCGGGCUCUGUGAUUGUGCGCUACGUCGAGAGCCGAGAGGCCGUCUUCGCGCUCAUGGUCGCGCUCGUGUUUGUUCACCUCGGCAUGAACUAUCUCGGCGUCCGCUGCGUCCAGCUCAACGUCCUCAACCAGCAGCGCGCCACGAUCCUCUUCAAGCACUAUAUGCAGACGAAGCGCGUGCUCUCCCCCGCCCAGGUCGCUGCACGCGAGAACAUCAUCUUUUGGACGCCCAUUGUCAAGGACCAGCGCGGACAAGUCAUCACCAAGAUUGGCUUCGCCAAGAGCUACGCCCAUGCGAUGACCGCGGACCUCAAGAGCGCCCGCGUCCGCUUCGUUACGCCCACGUGGGAAGGCGGCCAGCAUCAGAAGUCUAUGGGGCGGCAAGGCCAGAAGGCCCUUCCGGGGUUUGUUCUCUGCAUCUGUGAGAGAGGAGACAUCGCCACCGUUAGGAUCCUGCUUCUAGGAGACCACUCCCUUGCCGAGGCCAACGACCUGUCCACCCUCACCGCGUGGUACUACGCCACCAUGCUCGCGCACGACAGAACUCUGGCGGCGAAAACUGGCACCCGGAAGCUUCUCCUGGGCGCCAUUUCCGUGGACGAGAUUGAGAUGGGCGACGGCGUCGAGAUGCUGGACUUGCAGGCGCUCGAGGAGGCGGGCUGGGAUGUCAAGGAGGCCAACCUGGACGCCUUUGCUCCGCGUAUCAGCAGCAGUGGAGUCGAGGAGAAGAAGAAGGAGCUGUAG